ACUUAGAGAAUGAUUACGAUGAUACAAUGUCAGAAAGUAUAUCUCAAACAAGCUAUGCAGAUACAUCAUGUGAAGAAAUAUCACAAAGCGAUAUAUCAAUUGCAUCUCAAGCAAGUUAUUCAUUAA